AUGUACGAUGUUAUGAGAGAUCAGAUAUUAAUUAUUAAAAGUAAAAAUGAACGCAAAGAUUCCAAUGAUGGAACAUGGGAUGCACAUUUAUAUGAUGCACAUCAUAUUGGUGUUAAUUCUGUAGACUGGGCGCCUGCUACAAUACCUGGUGCGCUUGUCCAGACUCUUGGUGGAGCAAUAAAUGUCAAUAUUACAAAAAAAUUUGUAACUGCAGAUGAUGUUAAAGAAUGGAAAGAAGAAAGCACAUUAGAAGGGCAUACUGAUUGGGUUCGCGAUGUUGCUUGGGCUCCUAAUCUAGGACUUCCUAAAAGUUGUUUAGCAAGUGCGUCCCAGGAUAAAACUGUUUUAAUUUGGACUCAAGAAAGUCCAAAUUCUCAAUGGGUCAAAAAAUUACUUCACAAUGAAAAAUUUUCUGAUGCAGCAUUGAGCGUUAAAUGGUCAUUAUCCGGUAAUGUUUUAGCUGUGGCAACUUCUGAUAAUAAGAAAAUUCGUGUUACAGGUGGGACAAGACGAGAUAUCGAAAAGGCUAUUCAUAGACUCAAGACAUUGGAACAAAUCUAUCUUCGGUCUGAUUUCAGACCAAAAAGAGUUCCACUUGUACAUUAUCCAAAUCAAGAUGUUCAUUUCAAACUAUAUUUCCUUCCAUUGAAAAAUCAUGGAUAUUUUAAAAUGACUAUUAAAUCACACGCAGACCAAAAUGUAUAUUUGCUUAUACAUGCUAUCCUAGACCCUAAAACUGGCAAAUAUAAAAUACCAAAAUCUCUUAAAGGAAAAAAUAAAGUUAUAGUUACUCAAAAUAGUAAUGAUAUUCGAUCAACACCACUAUCGCCCGCAAAUAAUGAAAGUUAUAGUGAGUCACAAAAUCCAUUGCCACAAGAAUCUCAUUGGAAUGCUGGCCUUGAACAAAAUUCUCGAUCACACUUUCCUGCUUUACCAAACACAAAAAAACGCUCUCAAUAUACCGAGGCAAAUACUACAAGUCAACUUUCCACUUCCUCCUCUUCUGGACCAAUUUUGUGGAAUACUAAAACUCAAGACACAAAUUUUCAAAUUUCAAAAGAAUCUAAAAGAUAUACUGAUAUUUUUGAUGAAAAACCAUAUAAAGAAGAUAUGGAUUACAAAACUAAAAAGAUUGAUUUGCAGAAAAGUCCUGAACAAACUCACCCUUUAAAUCUAUCAAAUGUUACGCCUGGAAAAAUGCUUAGAGAUUAUAAUUUUGUUCGAACAAAAGAAGCAUUGAUUGAAGGAAUGGAGCAUGUUCGAGCAUUUAGAGGCGAAAUCCGUUUUUCAGGAAGAUUGGGCAAAGUUUUGUUUUCCGAUGUUCCGCCACAAGUUUCAUCAAAACUUUGGGAAUUUUAUGAAUUAAAAGAUAUUAUUAAAGAAAAAUGUGUUCGAUCAAGUUUCACCGAGAUUGCCACGCACGAAGAAAUCUUUUAUAAUGGAUUCACUAAAGUGCUUGACAAUAAAGCAUACUACACCAAUCAAUAUUUUGAAAUUGAUGCAAAUGCGAGAAAUGCACUAUACGGUGAAUAUACUCCCGUAACCAUGUAUAUUAAUAUGAAUUAUGUUUCAUUAGAAAAAGUUAUGAUGAAAUGGAAUCGUGUAGCAGAUGUUGAAUGGUCCGUUUUGGAUCGAAAAGCACUUCGACAUGAUGUCAGACCAUUUAAUACAUUUAUGAAAAAAGUAUCAAUUAGUCCAUCAACUCGUAUAAUCACAUUCGAGAAUGUGCCUGAAUUCUUGGAAGUCAAUCAAGUAGUUCUUGAGACCUAUACUUUUAAAGGUUGUAGAAUAGAGAUUCUGCGCCAUGCCGAUAUGGAACAACUAAUGGUUGAAAUUGUCGAUCUAUUGGAUGACGUGGGGAUACAAUUCCUUGGAAGUAAUGUUUGA